AUGGCAAAAUAUGUUAAAAAAUAUAUCGAUUCCUGCGUAAUAUGCAUAGCAUCUAAGGGACCUUCGGGUGCUCAACAAGUACAAUUACACCCAAUACCAAAACCAGCUAUUCCAUGGCAUACUAUUCAUCUAAAUUUGUCUGGCAAACUAACUGGUAAAAGCGAUUUAAAACAAUAUUGCUCUGUUGCUAUAGAUGCCUUUACAAAAUUUGUAAUUUUGGAACAUACUACUUCGUUAAAUUCUUGUCAUGCUAUUAAAGCACUGAAAAAUUUGGUAAAUUAUUUUGGUGCCCCCAAAAGAAUAAUUGCUGAUCGUGGACGUUCAUAUGACAAUUCAGAUUUUAAAAAAUUUUGUAAAGAUCAUAACAUUCAUUUACAUCUAAUUGCAACGGGUUCCAGUAGAGCUAAUGGCCAGGUCGAAAGAGUGAUUCGAACUGUUAAAAGUCUGCUCACGAUAAUAGAAUGCGAUUCCGAUAGCUCGUGGCAGGAUCAGAUAGGUGAAAUUCAAUUAGCCCUCAAUGGCACACGUUGUAGGGUGACCGGAUUCACACCUAUCGAACUAAUGUUUGGAAUUCAAGGUAAUUCCUUAGAGCUGUCUAAAAUAGCUACUUCUUUCCCAGACAAUGAAAAACACAGAUUAGACCUUGAUAACAUUAGAGCAAGCGCGUCAGAUAAAAUCAUUAAAUUAUCACAAGCAGACUCCAUUCGCUUCAACAAAGUUAAAGCCAAAAUUAAACCAUUUUCUAUAGGUGAUUACGUGUUUGUGAAAUCCGAAGAAAGACAUCAGACGAUAUCUAGUUGA